GUUCCUUAUGAGCUGGGGGUGGAGGUGGGUGACUGGAUAGGUCCAGUGAAUGAGCCAGGAAGAGGGCCCAGUAGGGAUGCUGCUGGUGUGUAGCUAUCUGCCGAGGGCACACAAGCUGUCCUCUUGCCUUUGCAGCAUGUUAAUGAGCCAGGGAAAUCUUGUCUGUGAUGUGGCCCUUGAGUUGCUGUUAAGAGCUCUGGAGCAGAAGGUGGAGAACCCUGGGGAACUGCACAUGAAUCCAGGUGUUAGGUGAUGCCUCAGUGCAUGCAAAGCUGGAGCCAGAGUCUAUAGGAUGGCAUGGAAGAACCACCCAGGCAUGAGGCUUUGGUCCAAGCAGCUGGAUAACAUGGGCUACUGCUGACAGUUGAGACAUUGGGAAGACUGUGAUCGGUACCUGGAGUUAAUAUCCUAAAAGAGAUGUCCAACGGCCUGUGCUGGUGCUUCGUGAGGCCGAGCCGGGAGAGUGCUGCAGCGUCAGCUGGAUGUGUGAGACUUUUGGCUGAGGACCAGGCCUGCAGUGCCCAUUGAGCAGAAGGCCCUGCCCUGGGUGUCCUGGCAGCGAGUUGAUAGGGAGCGGGCUGAGAUGGAAGAACAGUGGCCCAGGGGGAGAGUUCUGCAGGAAGUGGGGUAGUCCUUGGGAGGCUGGUGUGUGGCAUGUGGAGAGCCUUGUGGGAGAGAAGCCAGAGCCCUGGAGCUGGAGCAGCCUGGUAGGAAGGAGGACCGUGAAACUCGGAGGAGAGGAGCUCAGAAACAGUGCAAGGAGGCAGGAAGUAGAGCGACUUCACUGAGUGCCCUAGAGCACUUGGCACCCUGGAGGGGCCCUGGGAGUGGGGCAGGAAAGCAAGGUUGUCUGUGGAGCUCUGGCUGGCGGGAGUGGAGGAAGUGUGACUUGCUAGUUCUGAGGAGUUCAAUCAAGGUGCAGAGAGGAGGUCUGAGGAGUCGGGGGCUGGGGAGGAUAAGGUAGAGGGCUAAGUGAGAUGGAUUAAAGAAGGCCUCGCUGGAUUGUUGGAUUAGUGGCUUGGGGCUCUGGGUUUAAGACCCAGCAUUGGGGAAGAAUGUCUCAGGUGUCGUUGUGAUUUGAUGCUUGUGUUAAUUCUGUGCACCGAAUUACUCUGAUCUAGAAAAACUGUGUCACUGGCAAGCAGUAAAUAAUACAAAUAAGUCAUGUGGAAAGUAAACAAUUUAGAGUGCAGAAUCCAAGGGGAAGGAGACCCUGGACCUCUGCCUCCCCUAGGGAGUCCCUUAGGUCUGAAAUGUCCUAUCCCAAAGCCCUGUGUACUGCUGUGCACCUCCCCUAGGCGUAGGAAGACGUACACAUGCAGUUCCAGUGGAGAGAAUGGCUGACCUCCUACACGCUGACCUGGAACUUUCCACUGGUGUUCCUUCCUGUGGUGUAUUGGGGUGGCAUGAUUAAAUCCUUCUUCCAUGUUAACAUGUGGCCGAGCCACCCCCCAUCUUCCUGUACCCCUGCUGAGCGCUUGGGUUGUGUCUUUGGUGGACUGCCCUCUUUCCACGUGCACCAUGGGAGCUCCAGGACUCUAACUGGUAAUUGCAUUCUGAGUCUUUAUUGAACAUUAGUCUUAGUCCAGCUGCUUUAUUACAUUAGGACUGGAUACUCCCCAGGCCUUCUGAGAAACGGCAAAGCUAAUUUGCCAAAAUGGCAACUGCACGUACCACUCUCUGUUCCAGUUUUCUUGGGCUUCUUGCCCUAGUUUUUUCUAUCAAAACUUUCCCUGUUAGCAGAAUUUUAAAUGUUUUUAUCCUGGCAACAGAAGCAUUUGGAUUAGCAGCUAAGGGGGCAGUGGUGUCCUCAUUUGGAGGAGGUCAGGGUUCAGGGUUUUAUGGCCAGUUCAGAGUGUUUUCUUAAGCCACUCGCAGAGCUUUUAAAAGCAUGAAGAUGCUGGGGUUGGGCAUUUGAAAGCCGCUGCCAUUGGCCCCUUAGGAGAGGCAGGGGCUGCUUAUGGAAUCUGUGAGGUAGGGCCGUUGUGAGUAGGCUACAGGGCCAGAGUAAGCAGGUUUAGACCAGGCGGUUAUCUUACUUUCUCACAAGGUUGUCCAUAGCAGGUAGCUUAGGAACGGGGGAGCUCCACGUAUGUCGGGAGCUGGCUCCUCCCUUCUAGCUCGUUGCUCUUCCUGGGUUUCCAUGUUUGGGCCUGGAGAAGGCCAAGGCUGUAGGCCAGUUCUCUCUUGAGGGUUCCCAGAGGCUUCCGCACCUGUGUUUCCUUGGGUGGACUUGUAGGAGUGUCCAGUCUUUUGACAUUGUGACAGACAUUGUCAUCUAUGAAGUUUAUGUACCAAAGCCAUGUAGUCAAGUAAACCUCCCCCAAACAAAACCUUGCUGUGUUAAUUAGACUAAUGAUUUUGUAUUGGGCAGCAUUUAUUGCUCUCCUGGGGUGGAUGUGGCUUGUGGGCCAUGGGUUGGAGAGGCCUUGUAACUGCACUUGCUGCAGGUGAAGCUGGGAAGGUGAGUCUGUCCGGUGGCCAUCUGCCCUGAGAUACUAAGGUAGGCAUACUGGUGAUUCUAGUGUCUGUGCAGCCUUGAAAACGGCAAAGAUUUGCCUGUGUGUUGUGUGUGUGCAUUUUCCUGGAAAAGGCUCUAUGGUGCAUUUCCAGUUCUUUGGGUUUGCUAGACCCUGGACUGUGUUCAAUCUAGUGCUGAAUUUGGCUGGUCGCCUUUAGGACUGUUGCCUGCGCCCAGAGCUAAUGCUUACCCCUUCAAUAGUCUUUGCUUCUCAAUUUGGAAGCGAGAAGACAGGCUUUCUGUAUGGCAUGAGGUACAUUAUCUCUCAGCCAUUGCUGCUCUAUACUUCCAGUUCCUCCUCAGAAACCUUGGGAAGGUGUGGGCACAGAGUUCCAGGGCUAUUUUCCCUCACCUAGGAGAGCUGCACCUGACCCCAGGCUCUGGGACAGUCCUCAGGCUGACAUUGAAGACAGCAGAACUGAUUGGAGUUGGGAUAGCGAUGUCCUGGUGUUACCCCGAUGCUGUCAGUGUGUGUAUCUGAUCACUUUUUAGAAGCAUAUUUUAGAGGCAGAAUACGGCAGGAAGAGGAGAAAUAGAGUGGUCUUUCCUCCCAUGUAUCUCAGGCCAUUCAGUCUCUGCAUAUGCUGUGCAUUUCUAGUCUGUCCCCUUCCCUGCUGUUUCUGCUCCCAGAGAGCAAUGCUCAGAGCCACUCCUUGCACAGUGCAUGGUAUCCCACUGCUGCUGCUAAAGACUCCAGCUUGGGUUCCAUUGUGGUUCUUUUUGAGUGCAUCUUCACACAGUAUGUGUACUUCACACAGUAUGGAAGGUUCCUGUGUCCAAGGAGAGUACUCAAGGCCCCUGCAAGCUAUUGGGCUCAAAGCCUUGUCAGAUGUGUAUGUUUUCAGUUACCCAGCAGGUGGAGCAUCUGUCCAUGUUUUGGCUUUUUUUUUUUUUUUUUUUUUUUCUGUGAGACUGAUUUCUUAUGCUCAGUUUCAGAUUUCCUAGUCUUUCCUAUUGCUGUGCAAGAAAGAAUUGGCCUAUGUGUAGCAAGUAUUUUUUUCUCUCCUAGUUUCAGUUUUCCCUUAAAGAGUCCUUUUGAUGAAAUCAAAUGCAAACAAAGUGGCAUGUUAGGGUGACUUGUGCUGAUGGUUGCAUCAGUGUUCUGCGGGUGUCACUCACACAUCUCGCCAUUGCACGGCCAGACUUUACCUGUUGUUUAGUUUCUGCCCAGUCCUUAGUUUUGUCAACUUUUAAAGUCUACUUUAAUUUCCUACAGUCACCCCACCCCCCACGAUCCCUCCUGUUACUGUGUUAAUUAGAUGUGUCAGCAGUGGUGCAGGACAACACAACUUUCUCUCUCUCUCUCUCUCUCUCUCUCUCUCUCUCUCUCUCUCUCUCUCUCUCUCUCUCUGUCUAUCUCUCAUUUCUUGCAAGGUGAGACCCUGGCACCCUCUUUCCUCAAAGUACUGGUGAGGAACAAAGGUCAUGAAUUUCAAGGGUCUCUUCACCCCACUGCAACUGUUACACUUAGUGACUGCCAGCUUUUUCUUGUUUGCCCAGAGUAGCUCCUUUCAGCUGGUCCGGGUGUCCUGGAGAUUGAGCCUAGCAGUGUUUGUGGUGUCCUUACUAGAAGUCUUGAUGGCUGCCUCCUUAAGAUGGGAGCCCAGUGGUUUUCACAGUGUCUUACAUGUGGUCUGACAAGUCCAGGCUCAGCUCGUGUGGUUCUCGCCUGGAAUAUGUACUGGCCCGUUUCUUCAAGGAGUCUGGUUUCCUUCUGCUGAGGACUGGAUCUUCAGCAGCACAGCCAGGCUCCAGAGACACACACUGCUGCAGGGGCCACUGCCACCACUGCCCUGCCUAUCACUGGACAGGGCAGAGUGUGGCAACAUAUACCCCAUCCACGUUUGCCCUUCCUGUUCAGACGGCGGUACCCAGACACAAACUGGAUCACCACUGUGUCUGCUUCUCCACUCUCAGGAAUGUGCAGCAGGAUUGGAGUGCUGUGACAGAAAGCCCAUACCUCGCGACCUUUGGAUUCUUGCUUAUUGGUGUACCCCUCUUCUCGUGUUCUGGAUGAUGUCAGAACAGGACCUGGCGGAUGUGGUUCAGAUUGCAGUGGAAGACCUGAGUCCUGACCACCCAGUUGUUUUGGAGAAUCAUGUCGUGACAGAUGAUGAUGAACCUGCUUUGAAGCGCCAGCGACUAGAGAUCAAUUGCCAGGAUCCCUCUAUAAAGUCUUUCCUGUACUCUAUUAACCAGACGAUAUGUUUGCGGUUGGAUAGCAUCGAGGCCAAACUGCAAGCUCUGGAGGCCACUUGCAAAUCUCUGGAAGAGAAGCUAGACCUGGUCACCAACAAACAGCACAGUCCCAUCCAGGUCCCCAUGGUGGCUGGUUCCCCACUUGGUGCCACCCAGACCUGCAACAAAGUACGAUGCGUCGUCCCCCAGACUACAGUAAUACUCAACAAUGAUCGGCAGAACGCCAUUGUAGCCAAGAUGGAAGACCCAUUGAGCAACAGGGCACCGGAUUCCCUGGAAAAUAUCAUUAGCAACGCUGUUCCUGGGCGUCGGCAGAACACAAUCGUGGUGAAGGUGCCAGGCCAGGAUGACAGCCAUAAUGAAGACGGGGAGAGCGGGUCAGAGGCCAGUGACUCUGUGUCUAACUGUGGUCAGCCAGGAAGCCAGAACAUUGGAAGCAACGUCACGCUCAUCACCCUGAACUCCGAAGAGGACUAUCCCAAUGGCACCUGGCUGGGCGAUGAAAAUAACCCUGAGAUGCGGGUACGAUGUGCCAUCAUCCCCUCCGACAUGCUGCACAUCAGCACUAACUGUCGCACAGCCGAGAAGAUGGCACUAACGCUGCUGGACUACCUGUUCCAUCGAGAGGUGCAGGCUGUGUCCAACUUGUCGGGCCAGGGCAAGCAUGGGAAGAAGCAGUUGGACCCCCUCACUAUCUACGGUAUCCGGUGUCACCUCUUCUAUAAAUUUGGAAUCACGGAAUCCGACUGGUAUCGGAUCAAGCAGAGUAUUGACUCCAAGUGCCGUACAGCAUGGCGGCGGAAGCAGCGAGGCCAGAGCCUGGCAGUCAAGAGCUUCUCCCGGAGAACACCAUCCUCAUCCUCAUACAGUGCCUCAGAGACCAUGAUUGGUACCCCUCCACCCACCAGUGAGCUACAGCAGUCGCAGCCACAGGCCCUACACUACGCGUUGGCCAACGCACAGCAAGUACAGAUCCACCAGAUUGGAGAGGAUGGCCAGGUGCAAGUAAUUCCACAGGGCCACCUCCACAUUGCCCAGGUGCCUCAAGGGGAGCAGGUGCAGAUCACACAGGACAGUGAGGGCAAUCUGCAGAUCCAUCAUGUUGGCCAGGAUGGACAGUCGUGGGGCCUGUGCCAGAAUCCCAUUCCUGUCAGCGGUGACUCAGUGGCCCAGGCUAAUCCCUCCCAGCUUUGGCCUCUGGGAGGAGACACACUUGAUCUGCCUGCUGGAAAUGAGAUGAUCCAGGUACUGCAGGGUGCUCAGCUCAUAGCCGUGGCCUCUUCAGACCCUGCUGCUACGGGAGUAGACGGGUCGCCUCUCCAGGGCAGUGACAUUCAGGUUCAGUACGUCCAACUGGCACCUGUGAGUGACCACACAGCUGCAGCCCAGACGGCUGAGGCAUUGCAGCCCACUCUGCAGCCGGAAAUGCAGCUUGAACACGGAGCCAUCCAGAUCCAGUGAGAUUAAGCACUGUAGGAGUGCCACACCACAGCUGCUCACUGACCCUGCCCUGUGCCCUGCGCUCCUGCUUCAGCAGGGCAACUGUGGAUUCUGCAGGGCACAUGAGAGCUCCUCCUCCUGGGGAAGGGUCCUGGCCAUCCCCUGCUGGAAGGCACCUCAGGAUUGAGUCCCACUGCUGGUCUCCGGAGAAGCAUAGUGCAGAGCGUGUUGAGUACAUUCAGAAAAACAAGAACUACGAUAUUUUGUUUAACAGCUUUUUUUAAUUUGCUAUGGUGUUUAUAACAAAAAAGAAAAUGGAAAAAAAAAAACCCACACACAACAGAAACACAACUGUGGAGUAGCAGAAGCCUUGGCCGUGUGCUCUCUUGAGGGUCCUGACGUAGGUGUGGAGCCAGCUGAUGAUGCUGGAGCACUGCGGACCCGCUGCUGGGGUAGGGAGUGCUCCACAGUGUAAUUAUGCAUUUCUAAUGAAAUAAAGUGUAUUUAUGGCCA